GAAGGCGAGGCCGAGGAGAAGGCCUUCAGGGAGUUCACGGACUGGUGCAAGGAUGCCGCAACGAACACUGGUUUCGAGAUCAAGACCGCCACGUCCAAGAAGGAUCAGCUCAGCGCCGACAUCGACAAGCUGAAGAGCGACGCCACGGCCGCCGAGUCGAAGGUGGAGGAGCUCGCCGCGAGCAUCGCGUCUAGCCAGGCCGACCUCAAGGCGGCGACCACCAUCAGGAGCUCCGAGUCUGCCAACUUCCAGAAGGACGAAGCGGAGCUGGCCGAAGCCAUCGACACCCUGGGGCGGGCGAUCACGAUCAUCGAGCGCGAGAUGGCCAAGAAUCCGGCAGCCUUCGCGCAGAUGGACGUGUCCAACGUGAGCGGUUUGGUGAAGGCCCUCAGCACCGUGGUCGACGCGGCCGGAUUCACUAGUGCCGACAAGCAGAGGCUCACGGCUCUGGUCCAGUCGAAGGAGAAGGACGAGGCGGACACGGAGCUGUUCGGCGCCCCCGCAGCCGACGCUUACAAGUCGCAUUCGGGCGGUAUCCUCGACGUGCUGGAGGACCUGAAGGAGAAGGCCGAGGAGCAGCUGAGCAGCCUGCGGAAGGCGGAGACGAACGCAAGGCACAACUACGAGAUGCUCAAGCAGUCCCUCGACGACCAGACGACAGCAGACACCAAAGACAUGAACGAGGAGAAGGCAGCGCUGUCCGCGGCCAAGGAGGGCAAGGCCACGGCCGAGAAGGACCUCCAGGUGGCCGUCAAGGCCCUCGCCGACUUCAAGGAGAAGCUGGAGACCGCGCAGACGGACUGCGUGCAGACGGCCGCGGACCACGAGUGGCGGGCAGACAGAGGGGGGGGCUGCGCCGGCGGCUCCCGGCUGCCUCGCUGGGGGCUGCCCGAGCAGCUGGGCGACGUCGUCGCGGCGCCUGGGGCCGCGGUGGCCCCGCCCGAUGAACGGGGGGCCCGGUGA